AUGCGACAUGCUUCCGCUAUCCGCGGGAGGUUUGACAUCGAUAUACGUCAGCACCAUGCUGUAUACGGUCCCGUGGUUAGAUUUGGUCGUGAUGAAGUGUCCUUCAUAACAGCAGAGGCAUGGAAAGAUAUAUACGGUCAUGGACAUCAGCAACUCCCUAAAGUUUUGACGUCAGGUAGCAAUACGCUCGACAUAAUCUCGUCAAACAACACCGACCACAGUCGCUAUCGCAAAGCUCUAUCUCAUGCAUUUUCUGCCAAAGGGCUUCAGGCCCAAGAGCCUCUGAUGAACAGUUACGUCGACAAACUGAUAGAGAGACUUAAAGGGGUUGCCGAGUCGAACCUACCAGCUGACAUGGUCAAAUGGUAUAACCUCACAACAUUUGACAUUAUCGGUGACCUAGCCUUUGGAGAGCCCUUUGGUGGAUUAGAUAACUCGGAGUAUCACCAUUGGGUGUCAACCAUUUUCCAGUCAAUCAAGGCAAUUCCCUUUAUACGAUUGAAAGACGCAUAUCCCUUGGCAUUCAAGACUAUUCUCGGCCUUAUGCCUGAAGGAAUAAUGGAGGCACGCAAAAAGCAAUUAGAGCACUCAAGAAUAACGGUCCAGAAGCGGCUCCAGAAUUCCUCUGCUUACGACCGCGGUGACUUUAUGGACUCGAUGUUGCGUAAUCGCGGCGAAAAGGGCAGCUUGAAUGACUUGGAGCUCGAGGCCAAUUCCAAUAUCCUUAUUAUUGCGGGCAGUGAAACUACUGCGACCCUACUAUCAGGAGCGACAUAUUGGAUAUUACGCAAUACUGAAAUUUUAGCCAAGUUAACGGACGAAGUGCGCUCUGUGAUGAAGAGCGAAUCCGAGAUAAGCGCUCAAAAAGUCAGUACCGAGCUUCCAUACAUGCUGGCUUGUUUUGAUGAAGCAUUCCGAUUAUACCCACCUGUGCCGACAGGCCUACAGCGGAGGACCUUAGUUCCAACCUGCAUUUCCGGAUAUGAUAUUCCUGCCGGGACCAAAGUUUCGGUUCACCAGUCCGCAGCCUACUGGUCAUCAACCAAUUUUCACGCUCCAGAUCGUUUCAUCCCCGAGCGGUGGCUACCGGAAGCUAAGAGUGAUCCAAGCUCGCCAUUCUUCUCGGAUAACCGGGGUGUUGUGCAGCCAUUUUCUACUGGUCCACGCAAUUGCAUCGGCAGAAAUCUCGCAUAUGCAGAAAUGCGUGUGAUACUCGCACGUGUGCUUUGGAACUUUGACUUGGAACUGUGCCAAGAAAGUACACGAUGGUCUGACCAGAAGGCGUACACAUUGUGGGAGAAGCCUCCAUUGAUGUGCAAGCUGAGAUUGCGAGAGGGCUUUAGGGACUAG